AUGAGUGGCGAGAAAAAUUCCCUUGUACUGACAGAAAAGAAAAAACUCACAAAGAAACAGUUGAAAACAUUAAACUUUCAUGAUGAUCCAAAAGAUGAGAAAAAAGACAAAAUUGUAAAUGCUGAAAUAAAAGAUGAUUUGAAAAGCGAAGAACCUACUAAAAAGAAAAGGAAAACACGAAGAGGCAAGAAAAAUAGAGAUAAAGAAGACUCAGCUGCUCCAAGGUUUUUGCUAUUUGUUGGAAAUUUACCAUAUGAAGUCACUGAAAAGGAAAUCUCAGAAAAUUUUAGUAAAAGUAAACCUGAUGAAAUUAGAAUAAGAAAAGACAAGGGAAUUGCAUUUUUAGAAUUCAAAGGUGAUAACAUUAAACAGAGAAUGGACAUUGCUUUAAAACAGCAUAGACAUAACUUUUUAACUACAACCAGAAAGAUCAACGUCGAAUUAACUGCUGGUGGUGGUGGGAAUACAAAGGCUAGAUUAGAAAAGAUCAAAGCCAAAAAUGGGAAAUUGAUGGAAGAAAGAAGACAACAAAUCAUAGAGGAAGACAUAAAAUCUAGAGAAAAGAAGAAAAAUAGCACAACCAACUCUCAAUCCACAGAAAAGAAGUCUGCAACUGAUAAUCUCCAAACCAGCGCUGUUCAUCCUUCUCGUUUGAAGCUCAUGAACAAGCUUAAAAAAUAA